GAGAGAGAGAGAGAGAGAGAGAGAGAGAGAGAGAGAGAGAGAGAGAGAGAGGACAUACAGUCAGGCUACAGCGUCCCAGAGACUAACCACAGACUCCCUGUAAUGCAGCAGAACUGAUGAUCCAACACACUAGAGGCACCAUGGCUGCUGGAUUGAGGCCUGUGAUCUUGCUGCUGUUGCUGUCGUGUUGCUGGCAACUGACCAUAGGCAAAGACGGCAAAGGAAAGAAAGGCAAGCAAGUCGUCUGUCCAUCCCAGUUGUCCCCAGAAGACUUGGCCCAGGUUCCACCUAACUCCACCUCCAACAUCUUGAACCGUCUGAUGGUCAGCUAUGACGCAAGAAUAAGGCCUAACUUUCAAGGUAUCCCAGUUGAGUCCAAGGUGAACAUCUUCAUUAACAGCUUUGGGUCCAUCCAGGAGACCACUAUGGACUACAGAGUGAACAUAUUUCUUCGUCAGAGAUGGAAUGACCCUCGCCUACGACUUCCUGCUGACUUUAAGAGUGAUGCACUUACUAUUGACCCCAACAUGUUCCAAUGUUUGUGGAAACCAGACCUUUUCUUUGCCAAUGAGAAAAACGCAAACUUCCACGAUGUUACACAAGACAACAUUCUGCUCUUUAUCUUCAGGAACGGAGACGUCUUAAUCAGUAUGAGGCUGUCGGUGACGUUGUCUUGUCCGUUGGAUCUUACACUCUUCCCAAUGGAUACACAACUGUGUAAGAUGCAGCUGGAGAGCUUUGGCUAUACCACCAGUGAUCUUGUGUUCAUGUGGCAGUCUGACCCAGUUCAGAUGGAUGAGAUUGCUCUCCCACAGUUCGACAUCAAACAAGAGGACAUCAAAUAUGGAAACUGCACAAAGUUCUACCAAGGAACAGGAUACUACACCUGCGUUGAAGUGAUUUUUACAUUGCGUCGGCAGGUUGGUUUCUACUUGAUGGGAGUUUAUGCUCCAACUCUAUUGAUUGUUGUUUUGUCGUGGUUAUCGUUCUGGAUCAACCCUGAUGCCUCAGCUGCAAGGGUGCCAUUAGGUAUUUUAUCAGUACUCUCUCUGUCCAGUGAGAGUAUGCUCUUGGCGUCAGAGUUACCAAAGGUUUCCUACGUAAAGGCCAUUGAUAUCUGGCUCAUUACCUGUCUACUUUAUGGGUUUUCAUCACUGGUGGAAUAUGCGUUGGUGCAGGUGGCGCUGAACAGUCCCAAACUGAUUGAGGAGGAGAAAGCCAAAAUGGCCGCGAAGGAGAAAGCUUUGCAAGAGAAAGAAGGAAAGAUGGCUUCAAAUAAAACUAACAACACAGUGAAUGGGACUGGUGGAACACCCAUACAUGUCAACACUCUGCAGGUGGUAGAAACUCGCUGUAAGAAAGUUUGCACCUCGAAGUCGGACCUUCGCUCCAACGACUUCAGCAUCGUGGGAUCUUUACCUCGAGACUUUGAACUUUCAAACUUUGACUGUUAUGGUAAACCGGUUGAAGUGUCGGGGGCCCUCAAGUCCCAGAACAAAGCCAAUAAGAAACCACCACCACCCAAACCUGUCAUCCCUGCUGCUGCCAAACGCAUUGACCUCUAUGCAAGAGCCCUCUUCCCCUUCACCUUCCUCUUCUUCAAUGUCGUCUACUGGUCUGUUUAUCUGUGAGAGGGCGAAGAGGAGAGCGGGGUGAAAAUAAAGUGGUUUAUCUCCUGCA